UAAAAGGAAUUGCAUUUCUCAUGUAAGAUUGUUAUAAUAUUACUAAAUUUACUGGUCCAUUAAUAUCUUUGAAGGUCCUUUGUAGGAAAUUUAACCGUUCGUCUCUCUCUCUCUCUCUCUCUCUCUCUCUCUCUCUCUCCACCACUCUUUCUCAUUGACUUGACUCUGGUCUCUCUUUGUCUCCUCUAACUUAUCUUCCAUAGAUGGAUUCCAUUGCUGCUGGAUUCGGCAAUUCUUACGAGAUCAGCAGCACUUGCUUCUUCGCCUCCUCACCUACUACGGAUAACACCGACUCAUCUAUUCUUGAUGUGUCGGCUCUGCGACUUCUCUCCAACUCCCUCGAGUCCGUCUUCGACUCGCCGGAAUCUUUCUACAGCGACGCCAAGCUCGUUCUCUCCUGCGGACGGGAAGUACCCUUCCACCGUGUUCUCCUCGCAGCGAGGAGCCCCUUCUUCAGAAACGCCCUGACCACCAACGCCGUCGUGAAGCUCGAGCUGAAGGAGAUCGCCAAGGAUCACGUCGUCGGCGUCGAUUCGGUGAUCGCCGUUUUAGCGUACAUUUACACCGGAAGAGUGAAGCCGCCGCCGAGAGGGGUCUCCGAAUGCGCAGACGAGAAUUGCCGCCACGUGUCCUGCCGUCCCGCGGUGGAUUUCAUGGUGGAGGUGCUGUACUUAGCUUCCGUCUUCGAGGUUUAUGAACUGGUUACGCUCUACCAGCGGCAUUUACUUGACGUCAUAGACAAAGUUGUAAUAGAAGAGGACACGUUAUUACUCAUACUCAAGCUUUCUAGUAUCUGUGGUGAAGCUUGCAAGAAGCUAACAGAUAGAUGCGUAGAGGUUAUUGUCAACUCUGACGUGGACUUAGUUACUCUUGACAAGUCAUUGCCUCAACAUAUUGUCAAAGAGAUAGUUAACCUCCGUAACGAUCUAGGCAUCGAGGUGCCUGGGGUAGGGAAACAUGUCUUGAAUAUAUACAAGGCACUUGACUCCGACGAUGUCGAGCUUGUCGAGAUGCUUUUGAGUGAGGGGCACACUAAUCUUGAUGAUGCCUACGCUCUUCAUUUCGCUGUUAAGUACUGCGAUGUUAAGACCGCAAACGAUCUCCUUGACCUAGAGAUUGCCGAUGUCAACCUUAGGAAUCCGAGGGGAUACACGGUGCUUUACGUUGCCGCCAUGCGCAAGGAGCCUGAUCUGAUAGUAUCUCUGUUGACGAAAGGGUCACGUGCAUCGGAAACGUCUUUGGAAGGUAGAACGGCUCUCUUGAUUGCGAAACAAGUCACCAUGGCGGCUGAAUAUAGUUAUCUUGCGGAGCAAUGCAAGCCUUCUCUCAAAGGUAGGCUAUGCGUAGAGAUACUGGAGCAAGCGAACAAAGGAGACCGGUUUCCUGGAGAUGCUGUUUCUCCCUCUCUUGCAAUGGCGGACCAUGAACUCAAGAUGAGGCUGCUCUAUCUUGAAAACAGAGUUGCAUUGGCUCAACGUCUCUUCCCAACGGAAGCACAAGUCGCAAUGAAUAUCGCCCAAACGAAGGGAACAUCCGAGUUCACUGGGUCUAGCCUCGACCCUGACCAUCUGGCUGGUGCAAAGAGGACAUCGCCGGAUCUAAAGACAGCACCUUUUAAAAUCCUAGAAGAGCAUCAACGCAGAUUAAAAGCGCUUUCUAAAACCGUGGAACUGGGGAAACGCUUCUUCCCACAAUGUUCGGCAGUACUUGAUCAGAUUAUGGACUGUGAUGAUUUGAAUCAGCUGGCUUGCGGAGAAGGCGACACUCCUCAGAAAAGACUACAAAAGAAGCAGAGGUACAUGGAAAUACAGGAGAUUGUGAAGAAGGCCUUUAUUGAGGACAAGGAGGAACUUGUAAACUCGUCUCUCUCACCUUCGUCUUCUUCCACGUCGAAAUCAAUAGCUGGAAAGAGGUCUAAACUCUACCAUCGCCGUCGGUGAGACUCUUGGGGUAAUUUUUUUCCCUAUAGCAUAUAUAUUAUUCUUUUUUCAUGGUUUUUACUGUCUAUUGUUGGCGUCAUAUAAGAUGUUCUUCAUACACAUCCUGUGUUUAUAGAUGCAGGUGUGUUAUUAGAUUCGGGUUAAUUAUGGGUUUCCAACUUAAAACCAAUUGGCUAUUAGUAGAUUGGCCCUAACCCUUUAUAUAUUACUUAAUUAUUUCUCCAACUACCGAUAUGGGACUUUAUUCAUCAACACUCCCCCUCACGCACAUGCGUGGACAACUGUGGGAAUACCAUCCACGGAGUGGCCCAACAUCGGGUGGCUCUUUUUAAUUUUAACUUUGAUCCACCAGGAUCGACCGCUCUGAUACCAUAUUAGAUUCGGGUUAAUUAUGGGCUUCCAACUUAAAACCAAUUGGCUAUUAGUGGAUUGGCCAUAACCUUUUAUAUAUUACUUAAUUAUUUCUCCAACUACCGAUGUGGGACUUUAUUCAUCAACAUGUGUCAAAAAAAAUGAUGUAACUUUUUGAACCAGCAAUAAGCAGAUUUGUGAUCUAUAUAUGUUUAUGUACCGUAACAAUAACCCGUGAUGGGUGUUACAGAGUUUACAAGAAUCAAAGUGUGAAAAAUGACAAAUGGUUAUCUAUUACUUAGAUAAAAUACAAAUGUGGAAUCAUUAGAUAAAAUACAUUAUUCUCACAAACAAGGGAAAAUGAGAGAGGUAUAGGAAAUGUUACUAACCAGUAGUAAGCACUAGAAGAUCACUUCUCCAUUACUGACAACUACUCGAUUUAGUGUCUUAAACCAAUGGUUCCGUGUUCCCAUCAUAUUGUUUAACAUAUGGGGUCAGUAAUACCACAAGACUUGAGAUAAAUUCUUAGGACAUUGCUAUCGAGGAUACGAGUUUUAGUAGCAUCACAUAGACAUGAUUGGUGCUCUUUUAGCUGUUCACAAUUACAUGUAGUCGACAUCAUCAUUCUAUUAGCAAUACUGUCGAAACAAACCUGAAGCGCAUUUGUAGCACAUGAUUCUCCAUUCCUCGUGGAACGACUUCCCUCGACCGCAAUAGCUUUUGUCGGAGGAGGAAAUGAUGCCACGAGUACUACAAAUGCUAUAAGCAACAAUGCUACGAUCUUCAUGUAUAUGUACUUGUUUGUUUAUAUCUCUUGAUAGCAAAAUUGUUUGGAUUCUUUUUGUUUUCUGAGUAAAAAUGUGAAGAUCUGUUUUGGUA